AUGCUCGCCCGCUCGCUCCUCCGCUGCGCAACGAGGCGGCCGCAAUGCCUCCCUUUACCCAGACGCCCAACUGCGAUUGCGGUGCCCGCCGUCAAUAUCGCCGCUCCACGAAGACACCUGUACGAGAACGUGCGCCAGGCCAUCCGCGACGAAGUGCCGAAAGGCCGCUGGGGCAAGAACCAGACCAUGGCCGUGAUUGCGUUUCUGCUCGCCAGCAGCGGCAUCGGCAUCGCCCUCUACAGCUACACCACCUACCUCAGGUUCAUCUCCUCCACCAUGCACAACUACCCCGCGCCCGUCGCCAAGGAGCUGCGCCGCGCGCUCUACUACAACCUCUACGACCAGCCGCAGCCCGCCAUCAAGCACUUCCGCCGCGCCCUCGAGCAAUGCACGCUGCACGAGCUCUCGCCGCUCUCCGACGAGGUCACGGGCAUCAAGCUGGAGCUCGCGGGUCUCCUCGAGAAGCACGGGCUGCCCGACAAGGCCGCCACGGUCCUCGAGCAUGUGCUCGACGAGGUGGCGGCCGGCGCGAACGACCUGCCGCGCGGGCCGGAGCGCACAAGACUGCUGAAGAGGGGCGUGGGCGUGGGGUUGAAGCUGGGGGAGCUGUAUAUGGGGCGGGAGAAGAGCGCGCAGGCGGAGGAGGCGCUGGUGUGGGCUGUGCAGACGAUGCUGCGGGAGCGGCAGCGCCGGCAGCAGGGUGGUGCGGCCGGCGGGGAGGGGGAGGGGGAGGGGGAGGGGGGGGAAGGGGGGGUGGUGGUGGUGGAUGAGGGCGAGUGGCUGAGUGAUGAGGAGGCCGGCAUGGCGCUGGAGAGCCUCGCGGCCUGUUAUUUGGAGCGUGAGCAGCACUUCCUGGCGACGCCGCUGCUGCUGCAGGCGCUGGAGAUGGCGCCGAGGGGGGAUUGUCACGCGGUUGUUAUCAUGAACAACCUCUCCACCUCCCUCGCCCAACAGCCCCUACCCCCCCACGCACCCAUAACCCGCCACCAGCUCAUCGCCGACUCCGCCGUCAAAUGGGCCGAAAAGGCGCUGGCACUGGCCAACACCAUCACGCCGCCCGCGCGCACCGACGAGUGCGACACCGGCUGCGUGGCCGCCACAUACAACCUCGGUGAGUUCGCCGAGAUGCUGGGCGACAAGGAGACGGCGCGGCGGCGGUAUGCGGAGGCGGCGAGCCUGGCGCGGGGGUUGGGGAUGGCGGAGGGGGUGGAGAGGGCCGAGGAGGCGCUGGGGCGGCUGGAGAGGGGGGGGAAGCGGGGGGAGAAAUAG